AUGGGGAGAACACCAUGCUGUGAGAAAGUUGGGCUGAAGAAAGGAAGAUGGACUGCUGAAGAGGAUAAGAUCUUGACCGAUUAUAUCCAAGAGAAUGGGGAAGGAUCAUGGAGGAACUUGCCCAAGAAUGCAGGUUUGUUAAGGUGUGGAAAGAGUUGCAGGCUGAGGUGGAUAAACUAUUUGAGAGCAGAUGUGAAGAGAGGGAACAUCACUCCUCAAGAAGAAGAGAUCAUUGUCAAGUUGCAUGCUGUUCUUGGUAAUAGGUGGUCAGUGAUAGCAGGACAUUUACCUGGAAGAACAGACAAUGAGAUAAAGAACUAUUGGAACUCUCAUCUGAGAAGAAAGAUUUACUGUUUCAUGAGAUCACUCAAUGAAUCUCUUCCUCCAAUUGACAUGGCUGCUCUCAAUGAAGCUGCAUCCAAGAGAAGAGCAGCACCUAGAAGAUCAUCAACAAUUCAAGAAACCAACAAGACUUCAUUGCCUAAAAGAGAAGCAAUCACAACAAGUUCCCAAAAUUGUUGCAACAUUUUAGGAGAUCAUGAUCAUGAUGAUGAUGAUGGCAAGGGAAUUUCAAUGAUGGAUGCUUACUUCCAAAUGGAGUUGGGGAACAACAAUAAUCCUAGUAGCUUCAUGAAUAACAAUAAUAAUGGAGAUUUUGAUGAGGGUUUAUUGGGAGCAUAUGAAUGGCCAGAUGAAGAAAUCAUGAGACUUACUCAAAUGUUUGAAAAUGGGGUGCUUGUCAAUAAUAAUAAUAAUAAUAACAAUAUAGCCCUUAAAGAGGAGCCUAAUGGAAAUUAUUAUUAUGAUGAUGAUGAGUGUGGCCAAAUGAUAGAUAUGGAUAUGGAUUUGGAUAUGGAUGUAAUUGGAGCAACAAGAACAACAAGUGAAGAAGAAGAAGAAGAGAGCAAGAAUCAUAAGAAUAAUAAUAUUGCUGCCUCCAUUAGUGAACAUAAUUAUUGGUACAACAACAAUAACAAUGAUAAUAGUUGUUCAUCAUCCUCAGUUGGUGACUAUCAUCAGUGGCAUGAUUGGGAUUUGGCUCAUCAAUCCAAUAAUAAUAAUAAUAAUCAUCAUCAAUGGGAUCUUUCUACUGAAGAUGAUCAAAUGCUGAUGAUGAAUUCCUUGUGGGGUACCACCACCAAUGAGGUUAAUAAUACUACCUUUCAUCAUUAUUAUUAG